AUGGGAAUUGCGAAUUAUGAAUCUAUAAGAACACAUGUAAGCGUGGAACCGAAAUAUCUGUGGCCUGUGCCAGCACACUGGACUAUGGAAGAUGCAGCUACAGUUCCAUUGGCCUACUGUCUCGCUCUAUAUUGCUUGUGUAUGAAGGCAAAGCUAAAGCCGGGAAUAACAAUUUUGGUACAUGGAGGCGCUGGGGCUCUUGGCCAAGCAGUUAUAUCGAUUGCUUUGGCAUAUGGCUGCAAAGUUUUCACUACUGUUAGCGAUAUCAAGAAAAAGAGAUUCCUGCGAAGACUCUUCCCAGAGCUUAAAAAAAGUCACAUUGCAAAUUCACGUGAUAUAAGUUUCGGAGAUAUGGUGCUACACGCUACAAAGGGUGAAGGUUGUGAUUUAAUCAUAAGCUGUGUUAAAGGUGCCCUUAAAAAUAAUACGAUUCAGUGUUGCAAACCGUCAGGUACUGUAAUUGAUACAGCCUUAUUAUUGACUAAGGAAAAUUAUGACCUUGGCAUGAAACAUUUGGCAAAAGGAACGUCUUACUUUACCAUGAACUUAUUGUCAGUGUUGGGACAUGAAGAAGAAGAGGAUAUACAGAAGUUGCAAUUACUGCUCACCGAGGGUAUUGCCCGUGGAUACAUCCGGCCACUGUCUCGUGUGACAUAUUCCCCACAAGAUGUAACACGUGCAUACAGUCUUCAAGCUAGAAGCCGUCAUCGUGGACGUGUACUACUCGACUUACAAAAGAAUCUAUCUCAUGUUCAGACAAAAAUAGCUUGUUCUACUCAACUACGACAGUUGGUAAUAUCAGAGAACGAAUUGCUAGCAUUAAAAUUAGUAGACAGACUAGUGAACCGUGGGGCUAGAAAGAUAAUAUUAGUGUCUUCGACUGGAUCAUCAAAUUGUCUGUCCCAAAAAUUACGAACUUGGGCUAAGCAAGGAGUACAAGUACAAGUGAUUCCUGGAAAUAUGUUUAGUCUAAAUAGCAUUAUUCAUUUACCAGCUGAAGAUAAGUCGUUCGUAGGCAUUGAAGGAAUAUAUUACAUACUUUCAGCAAAUUCAAAAAGUGAGAAUAGUUACGAAAUAUUGGAGCAGAUCAAACUAAUAUCGCAAAGAUGCUCAAAUUUAAAAUAUUUUGCUAUUAUUAACGACACAAAAGAUGAUUUUGAAAGAACAGUCAUAUCUCAAGUUGAUAAUCAAUUAUUAACCUGGAUUAAGCUGCCUGCUUUGAAAAUGGUACAUAAGAUGAAUAAAAAUGAAUUUGAUGAAGCUAUUUCAGUAGUAAAUGCCAUUGAUGCCAUUGAAAAAGCAAUUUGUCUAAAGGAACGUACUAUACUUAUACAUUCCUUAAAAAAAUCUCAAGCUGUGUCCUUGGUACAUGAAUUAAGUUCAAAAGCAGGCAUAAAUAUAUCAGAUGAUAUAUCAGAAAGUACUGUUAUCGCAGAUUUGGAUAUUGAGCCUGCUAAGUUAGAAAUAUUUAGAUCUUAUUUGUAUAAUACGUGUCACAUAUUCUUAGACGAAAAUAGUUUAUCAGUCUUAUCUAUUAAAUCACUUCGUCAAUUGGAAGAUAAGAUUAUAGAAAAAGAGUAUAAAGAAACUAAAGGAUUCGACACGUUCUGGUCAAACAUAGAUAAUGAUGAGCUACUUGCCACAACUGAAAUGGUGUUCUUACCGACACUGAUAAACAGUUCAUCGAUGCGUGAAGAUGAAUUUGAUGUAAAUCAAACGUACUUGUGCGUGGUACCCGGAGUAGAAGGUCUUCAUUCACGUUUCAGAAUUCUGUGUGAGCGCCUCAAGUUGGGUGCUCUCGUGUUGCAGCCAGGCCUUGUUAGACCUAACGAAACCAUUCAAGAAAUGGCUGACAAAUUUGCAAAGACCCUUCUCAAAAAGGCACAGUUGAAGAAUAAAUUUUACUUACUGGGUUAUGAAAGUGGUGUAAUGGUGGCAUUGGAAAUGGCGGCAAUUUUGGAAGAUCAAGGUAUAACUGGCACUGUGUUCUGCAUUGGCGGUGCUCCUAAUGAAGUGCAAGCGGUAAUUGAAGAAAAGCUUGAAGACUACAAUACUGAGGAAGAAUUACAAAAUGCCGUUAUACGACAUAUGUUUAGUUUAUUUACUAAAGAAAAUACACAAGAGUUAGACAGGGCUCUACAAAAAAGCAUGACGUGGGUAGAAAAGGUGUCGCUAGCCGCACGCAUUUUAUAUGGACAAGUCAUGUAUUCAAAUGAAUAUACUAAAGAACUCAUAAAUGCGGCAUAUGCAAGAAUUGUACAAGCUCGUUGUUAUAAUGCUAAACCCCGUCAACUUCAGUCUCUUUUAAUAUCAAUCCGGCCUUCAUCAACCCGUAAUCGGCAUUAUAAUAAUAAUCUACAUUUUUUGCAAAACCAUUCGCUACGCAAGGUAGUCGAAUAUCAGUUAGAAUCUCCUUUCGCUUAUGCUGCCUAUGACUUACGUUGCAGUGCGAUAGUUAAUCAUCACCUUGAUGAAGACAUUCUGGAAGCUUUUGAUAAAAGAAAUUUGUGCGAAUCGUACAUUACUAAUGUUGACGCAAUAAUGUCAUCUGUAGUAGAU